GGGGGAGGAGAGCUGGAGCGCGGCUCCCCGCUGGGCCCCCGCAGCUAGUGCGCGUGCACCCCGCGGCUGUGCGCGCACGCCGCCUCCCCCGCAGACUCGCGUAGACACAUCGCUCGUUGCAGUGCGCGCCCCGCCAUGCUGCGGGGCAAGGUGCGGGCCCUCGCGGUCCACCUGGACGGCUCCGACCGGAACGACCUGCCGGCGUUCUCCGGCGGGGACCCGGUGUCCGGGCGCGUGGUGGUGGAGGUGACCGGGGACGUGCGCGUGAGGAGCCUGGACGUGACGGCGCGGGGAGUCGCCAAGGUGCGCUGGACCGAGUCCCGGAACGCCGGGGCCAACACGGCGUACACGCAGAACUACACCGAGGAGGUGGAGUACCUGCACCACCAGGACACCUUGAUCGGGGAGGAGCGAGAUGAGGACGGAUCAGAAGAAGCUCUCACGGUCCUCCACACCGGCCUCCACGAGUUCGCCUUCAGCUUCAACCUGCCCCAGAUGGCCCUGGCCACCUCCUUUGAGGGGAAGCACGGCAGCGUGAGGUACUGGGUGAAGGCGGAGCUUCACCGGCCGUGGCUGCUGCCGCUGAAAGUGAAGAAAGAGUUGAUCGUGUUCGAGCACAUCGACAUUAACACGCCGCUGCUGCUGGCUCCUCAGGCCGGCUCCAAGGAGAAGACGCUGUGCUGCUGGUUCUGCGCAUCGGGCCCCAUCUCCCUCAGCGCCAAGAUCGAGCGGAAGGGCUACACUCCAGGCGAGUCCAUCCACAUUUUCGCCGAGACGGAGAACUGUUCGUCCCGGGUGGUGGUGCCCAAGGCCGCCCUGUACCAGACCCAGACCUUCUUCGCCAAGGGAAAGGGGAAGCAGAUCCAGCAGCUGGUGUCCAACCUGAGGGGAGACCCCCUUCCGCAGGGCAAGAGCCAGAGCUGGGAGGGCAAGCUGCUGAAGAUCCCCCCGGUGUCGCCCUCCAUCCUGGACUGUCCCAUCAUCAGGGUGGAGUACACCCUCGUGGUGUACGUGGACGUUCCUGGCGGGUUGAACUUGUCCCUCUCGUUGCCGUUGGUGAUCGGCACCAUUCCUCUGCACACCUGCACCUCCCGGACCUCCAGCAUCAGCUGCUGCAGCGCCGCGGGCUGGCUGGAGCGGCCCGAGGCGCCGCCGAGUUACGGCGAUCUGGAGAUAUCGGAGGCCCACAGGAGGGAGUGUCUGCAAGGCUGCGACGGGUCCGAGGGGGGGGGGGCGGACCGGGGGCCGCUGCUCACUUACAUCACCCAGUUCAGAUACCUGCCCCCCCCACUCUACUCCGAGGUGGACCCGUACCCCGACCCUGUGGAGGUCACAUGUCAGGACACAUGUCCGUCCCGCUGAGGACGCUCCAGGGCUUGAGGGACAUCGUCCCUCCUCACCAGAUGAUGUAUCCGCACUGACUCCGAGGGGGGGGGUCACCGUAGGUCUAUGGGCCGGGGG